AUGUCUUCCGCGGAGUCAACAACAACAACAAUGAAAUCGCGAAUUUCGCCCCGCUUCCUCUCCUCUCUAUACACCUCGCUAUCCUCGCCGUCAACCCCAACAACACUUUCAACCACUUCACAUAAUUCUCCAACGCGCCAAUGGCACCUCCACCGCAUCCUCCGCAGCGACAACCCCGCAGACAUCAACGGCGAACUCAACGGAACAGCGACCUUCCACCCAUUGCACCACACACCUUCCGAAGACGAUGCAACCGCGUAUAGACAAAUGGUAUACAAGGAAGAAGGAGAAAUGCCGAGUAGCGUGAUGGGUAUGGCCGGAUUGAGAUGGACCAAGAAAUAUAUCUGGCGCUUGAACGGUGCUGCUUCUACAGACCAAAAGCAACAAGAACAACAAGACGACAACAGCAACCCUGAAAUGGGCGGCAUCAGCGUCUGGUUCGUCAAAAUUAAAUCUAGCAAGGAGAAAGCCGAAACUGGGGAUCAGGACGAGCCUGAUUAUUUGUUUCAUGAGUUCGAUUUUAAUUAUCGACAGAAACAACAAGACUCCUCAGAAACGGCAGGCGCGACGACAGACGCAACAAAGCCGAAAUUUGAACCGCCCACGCCACCGCCGCUGAUACUCCCCGAUCUUAAAGAGAAAUAUCCAGAGACGACGGUCAUGCAAGCAACGGGCGAUCAUCUCUGUGUCAAGGAUAUGUAUUAUACGGCUUACUCAUUUAGGGUUGUGCCGGAGACAGGGGAGGUGUUGAGUUGGGCUAGUAGACAUGUUGUCAAGGGGCCGAAGAAGAAUCAGGAUAUUUUGAAUCUUUAUUCUAUUCAAUAA